AUGACGCCUCCUCUUAUCACCCUCGAAGAGCACUUCUUCUCCUCGGCGGUCCCCGAGAUCCUCAAGCCAAAGUACUCGGAACAGCUGAAGCAUGUCGAUGGCGUAUAUGACAAGGCCGUCGAUCUCGGCGCUCUACGUCUCCGUGACAUGGACGCUGGCGGUGUCGCACUUCAGGUCAUCAGCCACGUACCAGGUCUUUCUGACAACCCCGUCGCCUGUCAUGCAGCCAACGACCAACUGGCCGGUGUUAUCAAGGCCAAAGAUCAAAGCAAAGGCCGCUUCGCCGGGUUCGCCGUGGCACCCAUGGGCCAUCCAGACCAGGCAGCCGCGGAGCUUCGCCGGGCCGUCACCGAGCUGGGUUUCGUCGGCGCCCUAGUUGACAACCACCAUAACGGCAAGUUCUUCGAUGGGCCGGAAUACGAGCCGUUCUGGGCAGCUGCCGAGGAGCUCGACGUACCGAUAUACCUUCACCCAACGUGGGCCAGCGAAGACAUGGUGCCGCACUAUCAAGGCAACUUUACCCAAGGGGCGGCCAUGAGUAUGGCUUCGAGCGGCUUGGGAUGGCAUACCGAGACGGCGCUGCAUGUGCUUCGACUGUUCGCUUCCGAAUUGUUCGACAGACACCCAAAGCUCAAGAUUAUCAUCGGCCACAUGGGGAGACGAUACCCUUCAUGUUGGAGCGAAUCCAGAUGGGGGGAUUUCCAGCGAGACUUCAAAACAGUCUAUGACGAGAACAUAUGGAUUACCACGAGCGGCGUCUGGAGUCUCAAUCCACUAAGGUGCAUCUUGGCGAACACGAAGCUGGAUCACAUCCUGUAUAGUGUCGACUAUCCCUUUCAGAAAAACGAGAUUGGUCUCGAGUGGAUCAAGGACUUGGAAAAGAGCGGGCUGGUCAAUGAGGAGGAACUUGAUGCCAUUGCGUACGGGAACGCAGAGAAGCUUUUGGGCGUAAAGGUACCCAAGUUAUGA